AUGUCGACUGCAAAGCAUUCUUCUUCUUCUGACGAGGGUCUGACAACAGGUGCCAGCUGUACGUAUUCAAUUGCCGUUCGUACUAGUGCAAUUCCUUCUGCCGAAACUUCUGCGUUCGUCUUUGUACAGGUAAUGCUGUUGCGACCUGGCGAUCCGACCAUACUACUGAACGGUCCCGAUCUCUUCCUUCUAGUUUGCGAUCAACCGACGCUCGGCAAGCUAAAAAGCUGUGAAGUUACGCACAUCUACAAGGAAUGUAGGCAUUUUUUCAAUUUAUACCUUUUUUCACAUUCUUCUUCUUCUGACGAGGGUCUGACAACAGGUGCCAGCUGUACGUAUUCAAUUGCCGUUCGUACUAGUGCAAUUCCUUCUGCCGAAACUUCUGCGUUCGUCUUUGUACAGGCCACCGGCCAGCACCGUAGUUCUUGA